AAGCUUUCAUCUUCACCACGACAAAGUCUCCCACGAUGACAACCACCAAAGAUGAUUACCUGCAGCUGAUUGACACCGAGGAGGGGGAACUGUUUAUUGUGUCGUUGGUGGAGCAUAUCGUGCAGAGGUCCCAAGAUGUCCUGUUUGAGAAACAUAUUGAGAGUCAGGUUUUGCCUUACGCCGUGCAAUUUGCAAAGGAAACGAUUGACGAGAUUGUGGAGUGGCAUUUUUUUCGCCGCGAUCCUGGAGAUAUAGAUCCAUGCACUUGGGAACCAGAUGAAGAACCAGAACCAGCAAUUAUCGACUCAUGGGCGCCGGGCGCGAUUCCCGUUCGACGAACUCCGCUCGAAAUCAUAAAGCCAACUCCUCCCCCCGUUCUCGAGACGAGAUCAGCGAGUACUGUUAGUAUGCAAUCAGAAGCAUCUCAAGAAAUAGUAGAGACAGCGCCAGUUGCUUCCCAACGGCCAAGUGUCGCAGGAUCUGCAAAUAUCAAAGCAUCAGCUGGUUCAUUGGUGUCUAGUAGGGAGAGAAAGAUUAGUAUCCGCGACUCUCGAACAGAAAUGAUGUCCGCCGCAUCCCUUGCCGCUUCCACCACUUCCACAGCCGCUCGUCGACGCAUUGGGUCCAGUGGAAGUGGUGGACGCCGAGGUGGGGCCUUAAAGGAUGCCGGUCAACCACCACCGUUAUCUGCGGCGCAAGUUGCAGAGAUGGCGAUUCAAGAGGAGAAUAAGCGGGUAUUAGCACGUCUUCGAAACUUGGAGAAAGACGGCGGAAAGCCGGUGGAUUGGAGUUACGACCACGAGGGUCGGAUUGUUGUUGUAAAGAAAGUUGGAUCAGGGAAGGCUGUUGGACAAGGUAUCAAGAGCAGACUAUUACCAGUGGACACCAGCGCGGUUCCGGUAAACUCUUCAAAGUCCCACCCACAGCCACCACGAACACCACCGGCAGCAUCAUCUGCUGCUGAGACUACCACCGCUAGAUAUGCUCACCAGAAACGCAGUAUCCGGCAACCUCGAAAAGCUACGGAUAUCGGUGAAAGAAAAGGGCCUAGUCUGCCACCAAAGGCAAAAAGUAGCACAAGUAAACAAAAGCAGAGAAAGUCGAAAGAAGGCGCUUCUGGAAGUAUUGCAAGCCUUCUUGGAGCUUUGAACCACGGAGCAGGAUUUGUGGAAGAUGUGGCACUUGAAGUGCCGUCGUUGGCGGAAACUAUGAAGGUUGCGCCAGGAGUCAUUCUCAGAGAAGGUGACCUCGUCAAACGAGGUCCAUCGCUCCCGAAAGGGCCUCCUCAUCCCACAUCAUCCUUCCAAAGCACGGCUUCCAAAUUCCUUCCAGCACCCGCCACCCCACCGACUUCCAUUGAUCCCCUCGCCAAAGUUUUGUCCCGAGCGCGACCCACAAUCCGACGCGUACCUCUCGCAGCACAAGGCCUUGCUCCGUUACCCGGCAUUGCUACGGGAGGAAGCGAAAAGCUGGAAGGAGAUGCAUCAGACAAACGUCAGCAGAAGGGAAUUGUUGCUUAAAUUAAAGGGACGAUUUGAGCUUUCUGGUUCCUACUUUUGGAUUUAUUUUUCAUGUAUGUAUGAUUUGAUAAUGAUAACGCAUUCUCUUUCGAUACAAUGUCCUGCGCAUUCUCGCUGUUGUGGUAGACAAAUAGGCAAACGUAGCGUAUUGCUGG